UCCAAGUAUGUGCCCAUGUUCAACCCCCAUCUCUGCAACACCCAUACGCAACGACAGACUUUUCGUCUUUUCUAUAACAACCCAUUAUAUUAUAUUUAACUAUAUAAACCACUAAAUUCUUUUCAACCCAUUACCAACAUCUUCAUCUUCUUCAUCAUCAUCUUCAUCAUACCCAUCAAUGGACCGAGUCAAUUUCAGGACCCAAAUCCUCACCCGCCAUCUUCAAACCCACCAAACCACCACCGAUCUCCUCAACACCGCCCCAUGUGUCAGCUACACCCCACCAGAACUCUCCGAACCAUCACCCAACUUCGAUACGACGUCGCUUCGUAAGCUUCUUGACGGUCAAAGUGUGGAGGAUAUCGAUUACAUAUUCAAUUUGAUGAUACAGAGUAAUCUGUUUUGCCCCAGAGAAAGAGGGGGAAAAGUGUUUAUUGCUCCCGAUUUUAACCAGUCUAUGGAGCAGCAGAGAGAGAUGACGAUGAGAAGAAUUGAUUAUUUGAGAGAAAAAGGGGCGUUUGAUGGGUGGUUUGAUAGGAAAGGGCCUGAAGGUGAUUUGUGGAGAUUUGCUCAGGCUGAAUCUGUUAGUGUUUUUGAUCAUUCUCUUGGGAUCAAGCUUGGUGUUCAUUUCUUUUUAUGGGGCGGUGCGAUCCGUUUCAUGGGCACGAAACGUCAUCAUGAUAAGUGGUAUAAGCCAACCGAGACUUAUGAAGUCAAGGGUUGCUUUGCAAUGACCGAGUUAGGACAUGGCAGCAAUGUUAGAGGCAUUGAAACGAUCACUAGAUACGAUGCAAGCACUGGUGAAUUUAUCAUCAACACUCCGUGUGAAUCCGCUCAAAAGUAUUGGAUUGGAGGUGCAGCUAAUCAUGCUACACAUACAGUCGUUUUCUCACAACUUGAAAUCAGCGGUGUGAAUCAAGGAGUGCAUGCUUUUAUAGCCCAGAUCAGGGACGAAAAUGGAAAUGUAUGUCCAAAUAUUCGUAUCGCUGAUUGUGGACAUAAAAUUGGUUUGAAUGGUGUUGACAAUGGUCGAAUCUGGUUUGACAAUCUUAGGAUACCUAGAGAAAACUUGUUGAAUUCAGUUGCUGAUGUGUCACCAGAUGGGCAAUAUCUGAGUGCAAUAAAAGAUCCAGAUCAGAGAUUUGCAGCCUUUUUGGCUCCUUUGACGUCUGGUCGUGUAACUAUCGCUGCAAGUUCAAUGAACACAACUAAGAUUGGUUUAGCAACUGCAAUAAGGUACUCUUUAUCAAGGCGGGCCUUUUCAAUUAGACCAAAUGAACCUGAAGUUCUUCUGCUUGAUUAUCCUAGUCAUCAAAGGCGCUUAUUACCUCUUCUUGCAAAGACAUAUGCUCUGAGUUUUGCUUCCAACUAUUUGAAAAUGAUAUAUGUGAAGAGAACGCCGGAAUCAAUCAAAACCGUUCAUGUCGUUUCUAGUGCACUCAAGGCUGUUCUAACUUGGCAUUGCAUGCGAACCCUACAGGAAUGUCGAGAAGCAUGUGGUGGGCAAGGUAUAAAAACCGAAAAUCACGUUGGUCAUCUAAAAAGCGAGUAUGACGUGCAAUUGACUUUUGAAGGUGACAACAAUGUUCUGAUGCAGCAGAUUAGUAAGGCACUCCUGGCUGAGUUUUUGGCAGCCAAGAAACGGAACAAACCGAUCAGAGGUUUGGGACUAGAACACUUGAAUAAACCCGCCCCUAUUAUCCCGACUCAUCUCACAAGCUCUACCCUCAGAACCACUCAAUUUCAGACCGACAUCUUUUGUCUUCGAGAGAGAGAUCUAUUACAUCGUUUUGUCACAGAAGUUUCACAAUACCAAUCUCAGGGAGAAAGCAAAGAGCAUAUAUUUACUGUGACUUAUCAAACUGCUGAGGAUUUGGGCAGAGCCUUCUCGGAUCGUUUGAUUCUACAAACAUACCUUGAUGUUGAAGCAACCGUACCAGAAGGUCCUUUGAAGAGCGUACUAGGUUUAAUGAGAUCAAUGUACACAACCAUCGUGUUGGAAGAAGAUGCAUCGUUUCUUAGGUACGGUUACUUAUCAACCGACAAUGCUGCGGUGGUUAGGAAAGAGGUUCUGAAACUGUGCAGUGAACUAAGACCACACGCACUCUCUUUGGUGUCUUCUUUUGGAAUCCCUGAUGCUUUCUUGGCACCGAUCGCUUUCAAUUGGGUCGAUGCCAAUGCAUGGUCCUCGGUUUAAUGACAACAUAAAAGCCGGUUAACCGCCUUGUUUUCUGUUACCUUUAUAAAAUAAGGAGUCAUCAUCAGUAUGUUGUAAAAUCAAGUAACAAGCUUCCUUGUUCUAUUGUUGGUGUCCUUUUGGUUUUCAUCAUUUUCCUAUUGUAUAUGCAUGGUAAACCGGGUCUUAUUACAUUCUUGAGCCUGUGAAGGCGUUGUGUAAUCAGUUUCUUUAUAUGCUUACAAUACUGGAUGAAUCUUUUAUCUGUUAA